AUGGUUCAGACUCUUGUUCUGGUCGAGUUGAACAUCAGUACUUCAAAUUGGACUGGUUUGGAGAAGGAAGUAUUGAAAUCUGGGCUGAUGUGUUUGAUUGUAACGGGAAUGAAACAAAACUCUCAGAAUGUUCCAUCUCUUCAUGGAGUCGAGCUGAAUGUUCUCAUAAACGAGAUGUUGGAGUCAUCUGCUCUAAUCUUUCACUCAGAUUCCUCUCUGGCUCUUCAUGACGGUCUGGUGCGGUUGUCUGGAGAGAGACAGUGUGAGGGGGAGGUGGAAGUUUUCAUCCAUCAGGUCUGGAGGAGAGUUCUGCUGGACUCCUGGAGUCUCACUGAAUCCUCUGUGGUCUGCAGACAGCUGGGCUGUGGCUCUGUGCUGAACUUCUCCAGCUCCUCUUCAUCGAGUCCUGAACACAGUCGCAGGUCCAUCAGGCUGGUGGGUUCUGGGGAAGACUGUGCAGGGAGGCUGGAGGUUUUUCACAGCGGCUCAUGGGGGACAGUGUGUGAUGACUCCUGGGAUAUUAAAGAUGCUCAUGUGGUGUGCAGACAGCUGCAGUGUGGAGUGGCCCUCAGUAACCAGCAGGUACCAGCCUGGUUUGGUCCUGGUUCUGGACACAUAUGGCUGGAUGAGGUGGAGUGUGAGGGUAAUGAGACGUCCCUGUGGAGCUGCUCUUCUCCAGGCUGGGGAAAACAUGACUGUCAACACAAGAAGGAUGUAGGAGUCGUGUGCUCAGAGUUUAAAGAGAUCAGGUUAACUGAGGGCUGUGAAGGGAAUCUGGAGGUUUUCUACAAUGGAUCCUGGGGUAAUGUGUGCUACAACCAGAUGGACAGAGACACAGCGAGUCUGAUCUGUCAAGAGCUGAACUGUGGAAGAUCUGGCAGUGAACCCAGUUAUUCAGAGGGACAGAAGUCUCGUAACUGGCUUGAUAAACUUAAGUGUCGUCCACAUGAUUCAUAUCUGUGGCAGUGUCCAUCUUCGGCCUGGGGACAGAUUGACUGUGGUGAAGAUGAAGUGGCCACAAUCACCUGCUCAGAGGAUCAGAUUCUUGAGUUGCCUCAGAGUUUUCUUACAUGUUCUACCUCACCAUCUCCAUACAAGAGACAGUGUUCAAAUCAUGUUCCUCUCAGACUGAGUGGAGGGGACGGCCGGUGCUCUGGGAGGCUGGAGGUGUAUCAUAACGCCGUGUGGGGCUCAGUCUGUGAUGAUCACUGGGACAUCAGCGAUGCUCAGGUGGUCUGCAGGCAGCUGGGUUGUGGAGCAGCUCUGAGAGCUAAUAGGAAUUCGGUCUUUGGUGCUGGUGACGGUGUUGUGUGGAUGAACAAAGUCGAGUGCAGAGGGAAUGAGAUUCACCUGUGGGACUGUCCUCUCUCCCUGAAUAACCACACUGACUGCUUCCGCAAGAAGCUUGUUACACUCGCCUGUGCAGACUUGUCAGAUGUGUCAGUGUCCACUACUCCUGCCACAACAUCAUCAGCUUCUCCUCCAGUGCGCUCAACAUCAGUCUCUCCUUCACAAACUCCUCCACCAGCAUCUCUCCCGGUGCUUGUGAUUGUUCUGGGAGUUGUGCUCUUACUGCUCUUAGUGCCACUGCUUAUACUGAUUCAGCAGAACAGUGAUGAGGAGAGGAGACACAGGACGAUGUCUGAGGCCGUUUAUGAGGAGAUUCAGCACAGACACAAUCACUUCACUCAGAGGGGGAGUCUCAUCUCUGAAGAACUGCAUUCUGGGUAUGAAGAUGCUGAUGAGCUUCUCUCAGCAAAGGAGUUCAAUACUGCAUAUUAUGAUGAUGUCACCAAUGGCAGUGGCCUAAAAGAAGAGAUGGUGAAGGAAAUCACUCCGGGAUACUAUGAUGAUGUCAUCACUGAUGGACUGAAACCAGAUCUGAACACACCAGAGAAUUAUGAUGAUGUCAUCAUUAACAGAUCGAGCUCUCAAGGUUUAACAGAGAGAGUUCAGGAGGAGUAUGAUGAUGUGAUGAGUGUCAGUGAUGUGAGAAACCCAUUGGAGAACUGUGGUGUGCCUAAGUGGACUUUGAUCUGGACUCCUGGCUUCACCCCUAUCGACAAAUGCCACAGCAGCACCAGAUUCAACCACCACAGCUGCCUCCAUCCUACAGAGCAACUGUAUCUGCACCGCAGUCCUUACUGCCCAACGAAAGACAAGCACAACUUCGACAGCAUCAUUAUGAUCCAAACCGUCUGCUCUGCCACCAGCAAUGUCAUCGGAAUAAUGAAAUACUCCAUGGCCGGAGUCACUACCAGAUUAAAAGCUCAUGAGAGAGUGACACUGCAGCCGAACAGCCUGAACAGCCUGAACAAGAAGAAACUGGAGGAAAAAGGAGAGCAUGAAGAGAAAGAGUAUAUGUUCUGGCCAGGACAGCCUCCCACAUUAAGAGUGGGUGGCAUGACAUUUAGUGACAACACUUGCCCUUAUCGAGUUACUCCGGAUCCCUUUGGCUCGUAUGGGACUGAGGCACUCAUCGCGGUGCCUGCUCCUGCGGAGAAAGAUGGCGGAGGCGGAGAGCUCGGAGUUAUUACCAUCAUUAAAGGGAAAGUGGAGGAGACUGAAUUGCCGGUGGAUCAGGUGGACAUCAUCAUUUCAGAGUGGAUGGGCUACUGUCUUUUAUAUGAGUCUAUGCUCAAUACUGUCAUCUAUGCCAGAGACAAAUGGCUGAAACCUGGAGGUUUCAUGUUUCCAGACAGAGCGACCUUAUAUGUGGUUGCCAUUGAGGAUCGGCAAUACAAAGACUUCAAAAUCCACUGGUGGGACAAUGUCUAUGGUUUUGAUAUGACGUGCAUUCGGAACGUUGCUAUGAUGGAGCCCCUGGUGGACAUAGUAGAUCCUAAACAAGUGGUGACCAACUCCUGCCUCAUUAAGGAGGUGGAUAUCUACACGGUGAAGCCUGAAGAUCUGAUGUUCACCUCGGCCUUCUGCUUGCAGAUCCAGAGGAAUGACUAUGUUCAUGCUCUCAUCACGUACUUCAACAUUGAGUUCACCAAGUGUCACAAGAAGACGGGCUUUUCUACAGCCCCUGAUGCUCCCAGCACUCACUGGAAGCAGACAGUGUUUUAUCUGGAGGAUUACUUAACGGUGCGGAGAGGAGAGGAAAUCCUGGGCAGCAUCACCGUGAAGCCCAACGAGAAUAACGAGCGUGACUUGGACUUCACCUUUGAGCUGGAUUUCAAAGGACAGCUCUGUGACGCAGCCAUCUCCCACGACUACAAGAUGCGGGGGCUGACAGGAGCCAGUUUCUUCAGUGUGUUUGAGGGAGCAGAGGAGAAACUUGUGCUGACAGUCAAACAGACAGUCAGACGAGCAGAAGAAGAUGGAGGGAUGUCUGACACUCAUUUUAAUCUCCACUAUAAUUACUCUAACCACAUCUGGUGGUUAAAUCUCUUUCUCUCUCUUUCAUGUACAGAUUUUGAGACUGUAAGGUUGGUUGGUGGUAACAGUCCCUGCAGUGGAAGAGUGGAGAUUUAUCAUGGUCAGUGGGGAACAGUGUGUGGUGAUGAGUGGGAUCUGACUGAUGCUGAAGUGGUGUGUAGAGAGCUGGGAUGUGGAAAAGCUGUAGAGGCUCUGGGUGAUGCUCAUUUUGGACCAGGAUCAGGACCGAUCUGGAUGGAUGAUGUGGCCUGUAGUGGAUCAGAGAUCACACUGAAGAACUGUAGAUCAAUAGGAUGGGGUGUUAGUAACUGUGGUCAUCUUGAAGAUGCUGGAGUCAAAUGCGUAGGUUACACUGAUCUCAGGCUGGUAAACGGUUCAGACUCUUGUUCUGGUCGAGUUGAACAUCAGUACUUCAAAUGGGGCACAACUGGUUUGGAGAGGGAAGCGAUGAAAUCUGGGCUGAUGUGUUUGAUUGUGACGGGAAUGAAACUAAACUCUCAGAAUGUUCCAUCUCUUCAUGGAGUCGAGCUGAAUGUUUACAUAGACAAGAUGUUGGAGUCAUCUGCUCUGAUCUUUCACUCAGAUUCCUCUCUGGCUCUUCAUGAUGGUCUGGUGCGGUUGUCUGGAGAGAGACAGUGUGAGGGGGAGGUGGAAGUUUUCAUCCAUCAGGUCUGGAGGAGAGUUCUGCUGGACUCCUGGAGUCCCUCUGAAUCCUCUGUGGUCUGCAGACAGCUGGGCUGUGGCUCUGUGCUGAACUUCUCCAGCUCCUCUUCAUCCAGUCCUGAACACAGUCAUGAGUGUGUGACGGGCUUCCAGUGCUCUGGGAGUGAAGCUCAUCUGGGGAACUGCAGCUCUCCACAAACUCUCAACUGCAGCUCCACACAACUGCUGUCAAUCACCUGCAUCGGUCGGGGGUCCAUCAGGCUGGUGGGUUCUGGGGGAGACUGUGCAGGGAGGCUGGAGGUUUUUCACAGCGGCUCAUGGGGGACAGUGUGUGAUGACUCCUGGGAUAUUAAAGAUGCUCAUGUGGUGUGCAGACAGCUGCAGUGUGGAGUGGCCCUCAGUAACCAGCAGGUACCAGCCUGGUUUGGUCCUGGUUCUGGACACAUAUGGCUGGAUGAGGUGGAGUGUGAGGGGAAUGAGACGUCUCUGUGGAGCUGCUCUUCUCCAGGCUGGGUAAAACAUGACUGUCAACACAAGAAGGAUGUAGGAGUCGUGUGCUCAGAGUUUAAAGAGAUCAGGUUAACUGAGGGCUGUGAAGGGAAUCUGGAGGUUUUCUACAAUGGAUCCUGGGGUAAUGUGUGCUGGAACCAGAUGGACAGAGAGACAGCGAGUCUGAUCUGUCAAGAGCUGAACUGUGGAAGAUCUGGUGUUUUGUCUUAUUCUGCAGCAAGAGUGAAAUCAGCUCCUAACUGGCUGGAUAAAGUGAAGUGUCGACCACAUGAUUCAUAUCUGUGGCAGUGUCCAUCUUCACCGUGGGGAAAGAAUGACUGUGGUGAAGAUGAAGUGGCCAAAAUUACCUGCUCAAAGGAGGAGAAUCAGGAGAAUCAGGAGUCUCCUCGGAGUCGUCUGACAUGUUCAAUCUCACCAUCUCCUCACCAGAAACAGUGUUCAGAUCAUGUUCCUCUCAGACUGAGUGGAGGGGAUGGCCGGUGCUCUGGGAGGCUGGAGGUGUAUCAUAACGCUGUGUGGGGCUCAGUCUGUGAUGAUCAGUGGGACAUCAGCGAUGCUCAGGUGGUCUGCAGGCAGCUGGGUUGUGGAGCAGCACUGAGGUCUGAUGGGUAUUCAGUCUUUGGUGCUGGUGAAGGUGUUGUGUGGAUGAACAAAGUCGAGUGCAGAGGGAAUGAGAUUCACCUGUGGGACUGUCCUCAUAACCACACUGACUGCUCACGCAAGAAGCUUGUUACACUCAACUGUGAAGACUUGUCAGAUGUGUCAGUGUCCACUACUCCUGCCACAACAUCAUCAGUUUCUCCUUCAGUGCGCUCAACAUCAGUCUCUCCUCCACAAACUCCUCCACCAGUGUCUCUCCCAGUGCUUGUGAUUGUUCUGGGAGUUGUGCUCUUACUGCUCUUAGUGCCACUGCUUAUACUGAUUCAGCAGAACAGAGUGAUGAGGAGAGCUCUCUCUAAGAGGAGACACAGGACGAUGUCUGAGACCGUUUAUGAGGAGAUUCAGCACAGACACAAUCACUUCACUCAGAGGGGUGAGACAUGAGCCAUCAAUCUCAUU